GUAGCGCAAACCCAGCAAUGCUCCGUGCAGCAGUGGUCUCGGCGACAGCGGCGCGCACCGCAUGCUCCAUCUACUCCUCCACCGCAGCAGCAGCAGCAGCCCCGACGGCGCUGCUCGAGCUUACUCGUGCAUCGCCAUGCCUGUCAGCGUCGCCCAGCAGGCGAGCGUCGGGCUGGACUGCAGCCGCACGUGCGAGUCCCAGCAGCGCCGCGUUGGCGUCUUGGCAUCACUACUCUUCACUGCGAACGGUGCACGAUGCUCAGCCAGUGCGCCGUCUGGCCACCCAGAUCGCCAAGAUCUCUGCCUCGGCUGCAGCUUCGUCUGCGCCGACCGCGGGAGCCCUGCACGAGAGCACGGCCGAGUUUGCCGGCUACCCGUACGCUCCGUCCAACCGCCGCGAGCCGCCGCGCACGCUGCUCAGCAAGCGCUUCCUUGAAAAGUUCAAGGACGUCAAGCCGCCGUUUGGCUACAAUGGUCUCGGCGAGAUGGUCUACCGCCGCACGUACUCGCGCAAGAAGCCCGAUGGCUCCAACGAGACCUGGGCUGAGACCGUCCAGCGCGUGGUUGAAGGCACGUUCAACAUGCAGUACCGCUGGUGCAGCAACCGUCGUCUCCCUUGGCGUCACGGCUUGGCUCAGAAGCGCGCAGAAGACAUGUACGAGCGCAUGUUCCACAUGAAGUUCCUCCCUCCGGGCCGUGGCCUCUGGGCGAUGGGCUCGCCGUUGACUGAAGAGCGCGAACUGUUCGCCGCGUUGAACAACUGCGCUUUUGUGAGCACCGAGUGCAUGCACGAUCCCGAGCUCAAGCGCUCCAAGCCCUUUGCCUUCCUGAUGGACAUGUCGAUGCUUGGUGUUGGAGUCGGAUUCGAUACCAAGGGCGCUGAACCUGCACCAAACUCGCGCAAGAAGGCCGAGGGCGUCUUUGUCAAAGGAGUCAAUCUGUCCAAGAAGGUGGAAACGAUUCAAAUUGCCGACUCCCGCGAAGGUUGGGUUGAAUCCGUUGUCGCUCUGAUUGAUUCGUACUUUGACGGCACCAACCCUGUUCAAUUCGACUACAGCAAAAUUCGUGGUCCUGGUCAACCCAUCAAGGGCUUUGGCGGCCACAGCAGCGGACCGGGAGCUCUGCAAGAGCUGCACAUUGGCCUGCGCGAUGUGUUGGACCGCUGCUCUGGACAGGCCAUCACGUUGACUGCGAUCGUGGACAUGAUGAACUUGAUUGGCAAGUGUGUCGUUUCCGGCAAUGUGCGCCAAACUGCUGAAAUUGCAUUCGGCCCGGCAACCAGCGAAGAGUACUUGGAUCUGAAAAACCACGCCGUCAACCCGCAACGCGCAGCGUUUUCCUGGACGUCGAACAAUUCGAUCUUUGCGGAUCUCGGAAUGGACUAUGGCCCCGCUUGCAAGCGCAUUGUCGACAACGGCGAGCCUGGAUUUGCGUGGCUGGACAACAUGCGUCAGUUCAGUCGCAUGCUGAAUCUCCCCGACGGCAAGGAUCAUCGAGCAAGCGGUGGCAACCCGUGCCUCGAGCAAACACUCGAGUCCUUUGAGCUGUGCUGCCUUGUGGAAACCUUCCCCCACAACCACUCUUCGCUGGAGGACUUCCUUGCAACCUUGGACGCGGCGUACUUGUACGCCAAGACCGUUACGCUUGGUCAAACUCAUUGGCCCGAGAGCAACCGUGUGUUGCUUCGCAACCGACGCAUUGGAUGCAGUAUGAGCGGCAUUGCUCUGCAGUUGCAGAAAAUCGGCAUUCACCAAUUCCGCGAUUGGUGCACCAAGGGCUACGAGCGCAUCCAAGAACUUGAUCGCGAAUUCUCGGACGAGUUUGCCAUUCCUCGCUCAAUCAAGACUACCAGCGUGAAACCGAGUGGCACAGUGUCGCUGCUGGCUGGAGCUACGCCUGGCAUGCAUUACCCCGAGAGUCGGUAUUGCCGUCGUCGCGUUCGCGUUUCCGCGCAGUCGGAUUUGCUUCCGCCCCUCAUCAAGGCUGGCUAUCAUGUUGAGCCCGACGUUCAUUCGAGCAAGACUAUGAUUGUGUCCUUCCCCGUCGAUGUUGGUGAAGAUUUGCGCGCCGCCAGCGAAGUUUCCAUGUGGGAGCAGCUGUCGCUUGCAUCCUUCCUGCAGCGUCACUGGGCAGACAAUCAAGUGAGCUGCACCGUCACGUUUGAUCCUCAGACCGAAGGAGGCCAGCUGCCGUUUGCUCUGGACUAUUUCCAGUACCAGCUCAAAGGCAUCUCUUUCCUGCCUCGUCGCCCCAACGCAUAUGCGCAAAUGCCGAUCGAGGCCAUUUCACGCGAAGAGUACGAGCAGAUGAUGGCCGGUUUGUCGCCGGUGGACUUUUCGGCUGUGGGCAACAUUGACAUCACUCCUGAUAAGUUCUGCGACUCGAGUGUGUGCACGAUCGAGGAGGCCCGCGACGCUGCUUCGGCGCUGGCCACGUCGACUCCCACCCCAACAUCCGUCUAACUGUGGCGAGGCAUGAUAUGUGUGUGGAUCUAGUCUGGUCAGUCCCCAGUGCGAUUUUCCGUCAUUCUAAUCAACUUGAAAUCGCGGAUGAUGCUGUUUGUUUGAAUGUCCAUUGUGUUGUAUCACUCAAUUACUUUUCAGGCCAAGCACAAAUAGUCUGCCCCAGCGCCAUGCAUGCAAG